AUGAAUUUGUCAAAAAAAGACGAGGAUUCAGGAGACUUGGGCAUUUUUUACCAUCUGGACAAAACCACCGUCCUUCAAGAAGCUCGCGUUUUUAAUGAAACACCAAUAGUUCCAAGAAAAUGUCG